AGGAGAAUCGCUCUUAAAGGGCCAGCCCACUCCCGUCCUUUUGUUCCGGGGCCGCACGGCGGGGCAGGCCCAACCUUCGGUGUGUCCUGGUCUACUCUCCAGAGCGGCCAUGAUUUCCCAGUUCUUCAUUCUGUCCUCCAAGGGGGACCCGCUCAUCUACAAGGACUUCCGCGGAGACAGCGGAGGCCGGGAUGUGGCCGAGCUCUUCUACCGGAAGCUGACGGGACUGCCUGGAGACGAGUCUCCAGUUGUCAUGCACCACGAUGACCGUCAUUUUAUUCACAUCAGACACAGCGGCCUCUAUUUGGUGGCCACGACUUCAGAAAACAUUUCUCCCUUCAGCCUCCUAGAGCUGCUCUCCCGGCUAGCCACGCUCCUGGGUGAUUACUGUGGCUCCCUGGGUGAGGGGACCAUCUCCCGCAACGUGGCUCUGGUCUACGAACUUCUGGAUGAAGUGCUGGACUAUGGCUAUGUACAGACCACAUCCACGGAGAUGCUGAGGAACUUCAUCCAGACGGAGGCCGUGGUCAGCAAACCCUUCAGCCUCUUUGACCUCAGCAGCGUUGGCUUGUUUGGGGCUGAGACACAACAGAGCAAAGUGGCCCCCAGCAGCGCAGCCAGCCGCCCGGUGCUGUCCAGCCGCCCUGACCAGAGCCAAAAGAAUGAAGUGUUUCUGGAUGUGGUCGAGAGAUUGUCCGUCCUAAUAUCCUCUAACGGCUCGCUGCUGAAGGUGGACGUGCAGGGAGAGAUACGACUCAAGAGCUUUCUGCCCAGCGGCUCUGAGAUGCGUAUCGGCUUGACGGAAGAGUUUUGUGUGGGGAAGUCAGAACUGAGAGGUUAUGGGCCAGGAAUUCGGGUGGAUGAGGUCUCAUUUCACAGCUCGGUGCAUCUGGAUGAGUUUGAAUCUCAUCGAAUCCUCCGCCUGCAGCCACCUCAGGGUGAGCUGACGGUGAUGAGGUAUCAACUCUCAGAUGACCUCCCCUCCCCGCUCCCCUUCCGGCUCUUUCCCUCCGUGCACUGGGACCGAGGCUCAGGCAGGCUCCAGGUUUAUCUGAAGUUACGAUGUGACCUGCCCCCAAAGAGCCAGGCUCUCAAUGUCAGGCUGCACCUUCCCCUGCCACGGGGGGUGGUCAGCCUGUCUCAGGAGCUGAGCAGCCCAGAGCAGACGGCAGAGCUGGGGGAGGGAGCCCUUCGCUGGGACCUGCCUCGAGUGCAGGGAGGUUCUCAGCUCUCAGGCCUUUUCCAGAUGGACGUCCCGGGCCACCCCGGGCCUCCCGGCCAAGGCCGCUCCACCACGGCUCCUCCUCUGGGGCUGGGCCCCGCCAGCCUCUCGUUUGAACUUCCCCGGCAUACAUGCUCUGGUCUCCAGGUUCGCUUCCUCAGGCUGGCAUUCAGACCAUGCGGCAACGCCAACCCCCACAAGUGGGUGCGACACCUAAGCCACAGCGACGCCUACGUCAUUCGGAUCUGAGGCUCCCAAACGAGGACACGGGUGGCAGAGGAGGUGAUCUGUGCAUCAGAAGGACGAUGUUUCCUCUCCCAGCAGCCUGGCCUGUGGCUGUGGCUCUGGCUGGAAGAGUCCUGAGUCCUAGAGAGCAGGGGGGCUCUACGGGUUCGACCGCCCGUCCCGUGGGAUCUGACCCAGGAAGGACUGAGGUGGAUCACAAUUUAAAAAUCAAACUUUUAUUCUGAGGAACUGACUGUACAAUACACUGAAAGAGAAAGUCACGUGGGGG